GGAAAUAAUUUUUUUUAUUGGCACCAGCUGCUGGUGCCGGGCUUUAUCUAGAAGGCUGGUAGAUAUGCCAAUCUGCUACACUUUUACUCUUGCGCAGGUCUAUUUCGUGUGUGUACACACGCGGAUGUGUCAAGUUAGCUCAGGACCCGGUUGUAACUAGGAAACACCGUUGAAGUCAAGACCUCUCCAAGGAGCAGCUCAGGGCACGCUGGAAUGAAAUCCCCUCCCUUUAUUUCCCAAGUGAUUGGUCGACGUAUUCGUAUUUGGUAAUAAAAACCCUUUGUCCCGUCUGCUUUUGUUCGUAACGAGACUCACUACCCUUGUAUUUUCCUCUUUUGUGUUGCUGUUGCCAACAAGGAGGACGGGGCUCUUGACUGUGGGUGUUAAGAUCCUGAGUCCUUUUUUGUUCUGGGUCGCCAUUAUCCAAGUAAGAGAGGCGCACACUCGUCUAGCUACGAACUUCAGCUCGAAACAAGUCACUCACGAACACAUUAUCUAUCAGACGAUUUCCUUCUUCACCCCAGCAAGAAAGGAAGAUCGUAGAUUAUAGGGGAGGGGGUCUAAAAAUUAUCUGUCCUCGUGGUAAGGUUGCUCCCGUUGAUCCUCAGUCUCCAUGCGGCACAAAAAAAACCAAGUUUUAAAGGACAAGCGCAAGAACUAGAACAACGAGAAUUCUCUUUUUCGUUUUUGCUGGGGAAGACUGGGCGAUAACAGCGAACUCCAACAACACGACACCGCUUGUGAGUAGCACAUCCUCUUCUAUCGUGGAGGCAAAGGCAAGAAUUAGAUUUUAGCGUAUUAUCGGUGUGGAGAGUUGGACGAGGACGAGGAAACGAACAAUUAUAAAGAGCGGAGGCUCCAUCGCAUCAUUUCGACAUUUGAGACGGCAAGAUGACAGACGCAACGGCACCAGCAGCAGCUGCAGCUGCAGUGGAUGAGGAUGCUUGGUACGCGAAUGAUGACGACGAGGAUGAAGAAGAGGAUGCGCCAGCAUCUCCUAGUGCCAAAAAGCAGAAAACGGAAGAUCAGGCCACAUCUGUGCCAGCAGGCGAGAAUGCUAGCGCAACGGCGCUGGCGGGAGAUCCUGCGGCCCCAGCAGCUGCGGCCUCACCACCAGCGCAGCCGGCGAAUCCUGGUGCCCAGCUACCAACAACUCCAGCGACAGCUGCAUCUUUCUUCAGCUUUCCGACGCAAGCGGGCGCGGCUCAGUACAUUUCACUUGUUGGAUGAAGAACAUGUUUCCUUUAAUUUCAAACAAGAACUGUUGCGCCAUCUGUUGCAACAUGAAUUUUUGAAAGUGACUCACUCCAAAAGUUGACUAGCGGUGAUAAAUCUUUUACCGAAUAAAACUACAGGACGCCCGGCGGCGCAAGUGACGAGGCAAUAGAGGUAACGCAACAUGUUCAACAAGCACCUCAAAGCGGGAACUGGGAUGCUAAGUGCGUCGUGGUGCGCCAGGGCCAGUUGCAACUCGAACUUCAACGAAGAAACCCGCCAUUGAAAAAUGACGAUCUCAUCAGAUUCUCUGACUGGCUCACACAGUAUCAUGAUAUUAGUAUUAGCAAUCGACCACGAUCGCAUUUCCUUAAGAGCCUUCCCUGAGAGGCCUUCCUUAACGAAAUGGAAACUCUUAAGGAAUUUCUACUAUAAAAAGUUACUAUAGCUUUUCCUUAAGGGACAAAAAUGCUCCUUAAGGACAAGGAGCUCCCUUAAGGCCUAGCUGUUAUAGAAUUGGGCUAAUGAUAGGCCCUCCGUUAAGGAGCUCCCUUAAGAGCCAUGGCCAGCAAGCUAGCUGCUUGCUCCUAGCUAGCGAGCUUGCUGGCUUGCCCCUUGCCCGAAGCUUGCUUGCUAGGUGAGCCGUAGAUAGCCUGCUAGGUGCUUAGCCAUAGCUAGCCUGCUAGCUGCUUAGCCAUGGCGAGCUAGCCAGCUAGCUGUUUGGCCAUAGCUAGGCUGCUAGCUGUUUGGCCAUAGCUAGGCUGCUAGCUGAUUAGCCAUAGCUAGCCUGCUAGCUGCUUAGCCAUAGCUAGCUUGCUAGCUGCAUAGCCAUAGCUAGCUUGCUUGCUAGCUCCCUAGGUUAGCCGCACAUAGCUUGCUAGCUGCUGCGCCAUAGCUAGCGGGCUUAUUAGGUAGCUGCCCAGGUCUGCGUAGCCAGCUAGCUACUUCCUUGCUUGACCAUAGCUAGGUAGCUUGCUACCUGCUUGGCCAUAGCUAGCCUGCUAUUAGCUGCUUCGCCAUAGCUAGCUUGAUAGCUGCUUCAGGAGACCUAGCUCGGCAGCUGCUUAGCUAUAGCCAGCUCCCUAGCUUACCCGUAGCCAGCUUGUUUCGUAGAGUUAUCUGUCUAGUUGCGAACCUAUGCCCAGCACAGCGGGCCCUUGAUGGGCCCGCUUUCUGGGCCUGUAUUUAUAAUGUAUUAUAAAUAUAACUAGUAGUGCAAGUAGAACUCAAACUAGUUUCUUCUUCAUCUAAUGCAGGUGAAGAUCUUGAUGAGGUAGUGGUUGAAAAAUGUUUUUGAAUUCAUUUCUUGAGCAGAAAUGAAAAUGUUGAAACACACGAAGACGAAUUUGCGGAGGCAUAAAACCAGUUUUGAAAUCGUGUGUCUUCUGCGUAUCUUCAUCAAACCACCCACUGUCACCACUCACACGACCAGGCAACUUCCGCCGAUCCUGCAGGCUUUUCCUUACGUUCGAAAAAGUGGCUGUAUGGUGGACCUAUCAGAAAACAUUAUCGGCCCUCAAGGUCUGGACAAACUACUCACUGUUCUCAGGGAUCACAAGGUGCCGUGUAACACAUUGAAGGUACUACCUCCCUCGAUGAAUUCUUUUUUGUCUUUCUCAUUUUGCUUUAGUUUUCUUAAAAGAAUCUAUCUUAGUAAUUGUUUCUCCUCUAAUAUCUAAGUACUCUAUUGAGAAAAUUUACUCGUUGACCAGGUCUACCGAAACUGCCUAGACGACACUAUUGUGGAUACCCUAGUCGAGUACUUCUAUACACAACCGCAGGGGAAUGCAAUUCAAGCUAUUCACAUGAGUCACAACCGAAUCACUGCGAAUGGCUGCAAGCGACUACUCACAGCAGCUGCGAAAUGCACACAGUAUUCUUCUUUAUGCCACCAUUUUAAGGUAAGAAAUUUAAAUAUGCCUUGUACUAGUUGUUCGAUACUGAUACUCUUUCGAUCAACAUUUGUCCUCUUUGACCACGCUGGUGCGUUUCUAGGGAUCCAAUUGUCCUCUAUCAUGUUUUCUCCACAGUUACCCCCGCAUGGCCGGUGAGAACCAGCUUUUUCCACUGUGGCUGCGGUUGGAGAGCAAUGCGAUCGAAAAUCCAGCCCACAUAGUGAAAGUUGAGAUGAAAGACGCGAAGAUAUGUCUCAUGCAGGAUGGUCACUGCUCAAAGCCGGACUGCGAUCACUGGAACGUGCACGUUCAGCUUCCCCACUUCCUGGUACAGGAUCCCCAUAAUGAGAACAGGGCUUACGAGCACGGCGAAUUCGAACACCUGGGCGAAACCUCCGGGAUAAUGCAGCAAUUCAGUGAAUUUUUAGACCCGGACAGCCAAGCAGCUGCUGCCGCUGGCGGCAUGACUCCUGCAGCUGCUAGCCAUAACGGUGGUGUGCUGCCACCGGGAGGCAGGUAUUGAUCGGUGCUUGAAGUUGAAAUUUAGUGUCUGUAGCUGGGGAAAGCAGCUGGGUUCAGCAAAUAUUGUUAUCAAAAUCCAGAAGUUGAACAUGAAAUUGAUGAAAGAAUCAAUCUUCAAGCAUUUGUUUGUUUGUUUGUUUGUUUGUAUUGAUGCGCUCCGGGCAACGCGUACGAUCUCGCCAGAUUUCUUUGUGCUUCUGCUUCGUGUGUUUUGUGCUAUGGGCGCCGUUGCGACUAUGAUGCGUCUAGCCUCGCUGGUCGCGCAUUGCCUUUUCGUCGCCGCCAGCUAGGGCGUGCCGGGCUAUGCAGGUGGCGGCGUUUGUGGGUAGCGGCGUAGCGCGGUCGGGCUGCCUGCUGGCCGUUACUUUCUCGGUCGAGGGCAGUGGGCAGACGGCAGCAGAUCCCCUCUACUAGGUUUCAGCCCCGGCGGGCUCGUACGGAAUUGCUUUACUUUCUUUCGGCCUGAGGUGUUCGGUGUGGCUAGGUCCGCUUUGCGUUCGUACUUGCGUGCUUCGUCGUUCUUUGUGCUUUGUGCUUUCGUCUUGUCUCCGUUCUCUUUGUCGUCGCUUGUUUUGUCUCCUCCCUGUUUUGUCUCCCCCUAGCAGGCAGCGAUGGCUUUACCACAGCGGUCGCUACUCCUCAAGAACUAUCAAUCAUAAUUUCAUCUCGGCAUAAUACUCAUCUAUUCUUUCAUAUUUCAGUACGCCAAUUGGCAACGGAGGAGGAGCGACACCUGGCGCGAAUGCAAUUUUAGGGAAUCUCACACCCCAACACAAGGGGGAAAUCUUGCUAAUCGCGAAAGGCAUCCAGACCGGACAUAUUCCAAAGGGUAUUUUCAUUUGGUCAUCUUGAAAUCCUUCACCAGAACGUACGAAGAGAAUAUCUAACUAUGUCUCGUUAUUAUGAUGAAAACUUAAAGUAGAGGGUCAAAGUUUAUGCAGGAACACUCAGGAUGCAGCUCAUAAUCGUGGUCAGUCAUUGCUUUUUUUCUAAACGUAAUACAGAAACCGGUCAGAAGCUCAUUGUACAACUGCUGUCGAAGGCAAAAGGCAAAGGCCAGGGAGGCGACGGUGGAGGUGGCACAAGCGGAAAAGGGCCCGGCGGAAAAGGGCCAGGCUCACCUCCGUGGGCCUCUGGAUCCGGAAGCGGCGGCUGGAACGGGCAAGAGUCGUCCUACAACGGCUCGUGGAGAGGCGAUGGAAGCGGCAGUGAACGUCAUAGUCUCCUAAGUAAAUACGACAAUGGAAGAAGCAGAAGAGACGACGACUACAGUAGAAGAGACGAGUGGGGUGGAUCUGCGUCCUCAACUUCCCGCGCGCCCUGGGGCAGUCCGCGAGACGGACCGAAAGGCUACAACUCGAAGUCGUUCGACAAAGACGGUGGAGUACGUAGCGGCAAGUGGGGAGGAGGCCGCGACAGUUACUACGACCGAGAUGGCGGAGGUAGUAAGUACGGAGGCUCGUCUUCAAAAUCAAAAUACGGUGGAGGAAGCAAGGGGGGUGGCAAGUAUGGAAAAUACGACGAUGGAGGUGGAAAAAGUCACGAUUUGAGAGGCGGUGGCAAGAGGAGCUUCGACAAAGACACUAGAGGCGGAGGGGGCCGCAGUUACGAUCUCGAGCCAUCGAAAGGCGGAAAGUCUAGUAAGGGCUACGGUAAUAUUCAGUCCGGAGCUUCCUUCGACAAGGAUCAAGGAAAGAGUAGCUGGGGCAUUAGCCGGUCCUCUUCCAAAGACAGCUUUGCGAAGGGCAGUCAGGACAGCUUCGACUACUACGGCAGCAAGGGGGGCGGCGGUAAACUCAGUGGUGGAAGCAGCUUUGACCACCGUAGCAAAAGCACCGGAGGAGGAAAAUGGAACGGGGGAGGUGGAAGUCAGCCGUGGAGUCCAGCAGGUGAUGGACGGGACUCCUCCUGGUCGGCGCCACAACCACCUGCCAGACCCAGACACAUUGACGUCACAAUUGCGAUGAAAAGUCAGCCCCUAGGCUUCGAAUACGAAAUCGAGAAAAUCGACGAAGUCGAUACCGCAGUUGUCAAGUAGGAAAUUUGGAGUUUUUGUUUGCUUGUUAGUUCUACUAGGAAAAGGAAAUCAUCUUCACCGGUGCGUGAUUAUAUAUUUAUAUUGAUGUUACAAAGGAAAGGUUAUGAUUAGUUUUUCAUUUGUCGCUACGUAGAUCAUGAUGUCCACUUUGAACUCUCUGCCAAUAUUCCUCAGGUCUGUUGCCGCUGAUAGUGAGGCAUCAAAGAAGGGCGUUGUAGCGGGUAUGAAGGUGAUCCGUAUGAACGGGAUAGAUGUGUCGAUGUUCGAUGCCAACCAGAUUCAAGAGACGGUGAAGAAGCGCGCUAACGGAUUUUCUCUCCGGUUCAAGUGAAUCUGGUCACUGUAUCGUCGCAACGUUGGUAGUUAGUCCGGACGAUCACCCGUCCCAAGCGGUGUGUGGUCGGUGGAAUUAGACCUAUCGCAAUAAAACCAUCGUCAUGCUUUUUCAUGUUGUGACCCUUGGUUUUGCGGCAGCAGCAAAGACGACCUCGAUAGGAGAGGACGUGUGUCCUCUAAAAUGGAAUUUGUAGAUUACAUGAACAAGCACCAGCUUGCUGAGUAGAUCAAAAUCUCCCGGAUGAAGUAGCAUAAGCAUUCGCUGUCCUUACGUUAACAAGCCUGUUGAACUAGAAACAACAUCGAAGGUGGAACAACACUAAAGAUUCUUCUGCGCACUUUGAAAAAGCAAAACGCUGAACUCUAUUUCGUGAACAAGGGAAUAACAAUAAGAUGCAGACGUCCACAUAACGAUCAUGACAGAUAUUGUCGAAGGUAUCCUUCUCGACGUGCUUAGUUUUUUCACAUCCUUUCACUUGUACUUGUAUGUUUGUGUUUAAACAAGUGAUGUCAUAACCACGUUGCUCAAAGGUAAAGGAGGAGCAGGGUUCUGGGCAUGGCUUCAUGACGGAGCACAUAUACUGAUACUUUGUGACAAUUUCAUUUUGGCAUGCUUCCUCUACCUCUCGAAAGACUACUUAGCAUAUCAAGAUCAAGUCCAAGGACAGGGACAACAAAAAGGGAGGGCAAGGGCAACAAGAUGAAAAUUUGCUCUUCCAUCUGGCGGACGGGUUUGAUCAUUUCGUUGCGGUGGAAACUGCAAGAAUUGGAAUCUUUCCAUUCCCAAACCCGAAUCAGACGUCAACGAUCAUCACAAGGAUGCGUUUGAGACACGACAAUAUGUUGAGAAAAUGGAAGCAUUGGAAGACAGCACUAGUUCUAGCUAGUACGAUCGUUCAAAUUGAAAUUCAAUUCUGCUCAUCCCCAUCGAUAUCUCCCUUCUUGAAAGUCUGGAUUGCUCGAAUCUGCCGUAGUUUCAGG